GCAGCAGCAGCACGGAGCAGCCGCAGCGCGUUCUCUCCCCUUCAGUCCCUCUCCGCUCGCCGUAUCGCGGCCGGGUGGUGCGGCAAGAUGGCGGCGGGGGUCCCGGCGGAGGCUCAGUCGCGGUUCGGACACUCGGUGAAGGGGCUGCUGACCGAGAAGGUGACGAGCUGCGGCACCGACGUGAUCGCGCUGACCAAGCAGGUGCUGAAGGGCUCCCGCAGCGCAGAGCGCCCCGUGCCUUCCUUCCUGUGGCAGCUGCUGGGCCAGGCCGCCAGGAACAUGGUGCUGCAGGAGGACGCCAUCCUGCACUCUGAGGAUAGCUUAAGGAAAAUGGCCAUAAUAACCACGCACCUGCAGUACCAGCAGGAAGCAAUUCAGAAGAAUGUGGAGCAGUCAUCAAACCUGCAGGACCAGCUGAGUCACUUGCUGAAAUGAAGCCUAACUGAAGGCACUGGACAUCACUGGCACUGAGCCGUCCUUUUCCUUCUGGGCCUGGGGCUCAAACCCGUGUCUGGAUGGUGCUGGAUGCCAGCUGGGAUACAUGCAGAGCUCACAUUCCUGAGCGUGCAGGCACCUCUCAGGUGCUCCCAUCCACAUCUCUGUGUGCAGAACACUCUCCUGAUUCCCUACAUUUAAGUGGAACCUUUGCAGAAACUUCACUUCUACAGCAGUUGCUGUGUUCCCUUUUUCCCCACAUGCUCAGCCUGUGCCUGUACCUCAGCACCCGCAUUCUUCAGCUGAUGGCCCCGUGUUUGAAAUGGUUUGUCAGCCCAGGAUGCGGCACAUGCUGUUUGUCCAAAGCCUUUUCUCUACAUGUCCACAGCAGGAUGAGUCUUCUUCCCAUCUCUGCUGAGUCAUUAGCUGUCUCCUGUAAGAUGGUGUGGUACUUACCUAACGAGCUACAACUAUCAUAGAGCUGGAAUUUUCAUACAGUGUAAUUUCCCCCCUUCCCUGCCCUCCCAGUUAAGUGAAAUAGAGCUGAGGGUUUUAAAUACAGAUACAUGCAGCUUGACACUGGACCUUGUUUACACACAGAGCUGAUGGGUGCAGGUUAUUUAGGGCAUGUUAAUCAGUGGGAGCUGGAAGUGGCUGUGUGGGCGUAGAGGUGCAUCAGCGUGGACUGAGGUGCCUGUUGCAGAGCAGAACUUUAGAGAGCGUGGAUCUGGGCGGGCAGUGCUGUCCCUGAGCCAGCUGGACACGGCUUGACAUCCUGCUCUGAGGUUAUCUGAACUUUUUGCUAAGCCAGAAUUUGGAACGUCAUCUCUUUGCCAGCACAUCUGCGCUGCUUUCGGCCUUCAGUUGCAUUCCAGUUCUGGUUUGCUCCGCCAGUUCUUGAUUAAGCAGCCUUGGUAGCGCUGUGUAUCUGUCACAUUGGCAAGGUGUCCAGACACACGGUUGGGCUGUGGGCACUGAGGGGCAGAAGAACAUCAGGAGCCGGUGUAUUCAGUUCUGCAGUGCUCUGUGCUGAGGACUUAGUGACCAGGCUCCUGUUUGCGUCUCAGGUAGUGAGCUGCUAUAAAUAGUAUGUCUUGUUUUUCUUCACUCUCUUAUCUGGUGCACUUGGAGCACACUGGAAGCACUUGUUUGCCCGAGUGUGCUUUUCAGCAGCUGAUAGGGCAGGAGCGUGGAUCAACCUGCCACAUUCCUGCAGCGUGGUUCUGCUGGUGUGCAGUGCCACGUGGCUCUGCCCUUGCUGCUCUUCCAGUACCACUGCCUGCCUGUCUGCCUGCCCUCACCUUGCAGCACCCAGUCUGUUUCCACUGAGGUGUGCAGUGGUACUGUUAGCUUUUUCUCUGCACCGUGCCUCUGCUCAGGCACGAACUCAGCCACGCAGUGUGUGGAGAGCUGCGGUGCUUUGCUUUGUUGUUAUAAAAGCUUGGUUUUCUAUACCGUAA